AGUACAAGUUUGUAAUGUAUGCUAGCAGAGUUGGGUCAGUGUGUCGUUCCCUCCACACUGUUUUCUCCUCCUUUCUGCAUCCUCCCACUCGCAGCCCAGCAGAACAACGACUCGCUUUUCAAAGCACCACCCGGUUCGGUGGCUAAUCCGCCUUUUUUUUCCUCCCCAAAAGAGGUUCCAGCCGUUCUGCGAUUCACGUUAAAACGGAGGCAACCGUGACUGAGUGAGAGACUACAUGGACUAGACCGAACAUGAAGAGCCUUAAAGCCAAGUUCAGGAAAACUGAUGUGAACGAGUGGAACAAAAACGACGAGCGCCUGCUUGCAGCUGUAGAGCAUGGCGAGGUGGACAAGGUGGCAUCACUCGUCGCCAAGAAAGGCGCCAGCGCCGUCAAGCUUGACAGCGAGGGGAAAUCAGCUCUCCAUUUAGCAGCUUCACGUGGUCAGACUGAUUGUUUAUCGGUCCUCCUGGCACAUGGCGCUGACCCUACAGUUGCUGAUGCUUCAGGUUUGAUUCCGUUACAUCUGGCAGCCAAGAACAAUCACGUGGAGUGUUGCAAAAAGCUUCUUCAGGCUAAAUGUCCAGUUGAUGCGGUUGACGGCUCGGGGAGGACCGCUUUGCAUCACGCCGCUCUCGGCGGGAAGAUCCAGACUGUCCAGUUUCUGUGUGAACUGAAAAGCCCCAUCAACCUUAAAGAUACAGAUGGCCACACCCCUCUGCUUCUGGCAGCCAGACGUGGCUACGCUGAGGUGUGCAGCGCUUUGCUGGACAGCGGUGCUGAAAUCAGCAUUUCUGACAACAGCGGCAGGACUGCUCUCAUGCUCGCCACGGAAUCCAAUGUGGUGCCCGUCAUCGAGGUUCUGGUUGAGCACGGGGCGCUCCUAAGUGCGGUGGACGCACAAGGCCACGACGUCGCACACUAUGCCAAAGUGUCUACCAGCUGUGAGGUCAAAGCCGCACUCAGCGCCGCCCUGACCAGGCAGCUCUCUGAUACCAAGUCUCCCAGAAAUCCUGCGCAUGAUGAAGUAGCUAACCUAGGCGAUGAACAGAUCACAACUCCCAAAAAACGAAAAGCACCUCCACCUCCUAUUAGCCCACUGCAGAAGUCUGGUCCUUCUUCACCUUCACUGUCUGUGACGCCUUCAUCCAAUAAAAGUGACACUCCAAAGAGGUUCAACUGUAAGGAGGAUGAAGUUGAAGAGGAGUUUGAGCGGCUGCACAACAACCAGACAAGCAUGUUGCUGGACACAUCGGAGAACUCGAGGAACGCGGCGGUCUGUCCUGAACCGGAUCCCAAGGUUGAGCCCAGCUUUACAGUGCCAUCAUAUUCCGCUCUUGUUUCGGCCCUGCAAGCCAAGAUCACCGCUCUGACUUUAGAAAACCAGCAGCUGGCCAGCAAAUUUAAGGCUAUUUCUUGUACACAGAAACAUCCGUCUCUCCAAGGAACCGAGGAGCUGAAGGACACCAGCCGUCCCGACAGCAUGGCCUCCAACUCCUCCUUCCAUUCCAUACAGGAUGAAUUAGAGCUAGCCACCGCCGUACCUUUCGCCGCCCACGCAGCGCGGGAGGACGCACUGUUGGAGGAAGAAGCGAUAGGGGGGAGCCAUGAGGAGAUCCGCCUGUUACGACAAGCGCUCGAGAACGUCCAAGUGAAGCUGCUGGAAACCAGAAAGGAAAACCGCUCGCUUCAGGCUCAGUUGAAACCUGAGCGGAGCGGAGAACGAGGGGAGGAUGACGGAAGGGCAAAAGGAAGGGAAGAAGAGUUGAUCGAGAGCCUGGCGGAGCUUCAGGCCAAGCUCACCGACACGCAGGAGAGAUAUCACCACGCUGUUGAGGAGGUGGAGGAGCUGAGAGCGCACGCGACGGGAAUGGGAGGUCCUGGAACAUCCUUGUUGGAGCAGGAGGUGAAACAGCUGAGGGUGCAGCUUAUGCAUGUGGGCUCCGAGCACGAGGAGGCUGCGCAACGAGUCAGAGAGAUGGAGGAGGCGCUAAGGAGGGUGGAGGAGGAGAGACGGAACGCGAGGGAGAAGGAGGAGAGGACUGCUGAGAUGGAGGAGCUAUACAAGGAAGCGCAGGAGGAGAUUAUCAUGCUCCAGGAGGCUCUGCAAGGAACCGUACCGGUGGAGGCCGCCGCCAAGGACUUUGAGGAAAUGAAGACUGAACUCAACGAGAUCAUUUGUGGCCUCCAGCGCCGCCUAAUGGAGCUGUCACACUCCUACAGCGAAACCAGAGCGCAGCUCGGCGCCGCGCAGAAGCAGCUGGCCGACGGCAGCCAGCCGACAUCGCCUCCCUCACAAGAGGAGGAGGAGAUGAUGAUGAUGAAGAGCAGGCUGGAGGAGCUACAUACGCUGGUGGUCGACAUCGAAAAAAAGCACUCCGAAGCUCUGGAGGAGAUCUCACAGCUGAGACUGGAAGCCGAGGUUCAAGCGCAGAGCUCCAUCGCCCUUGCCGACCACACGCAGGUGAUGUCAUCUCUUGGGAAUGCCAUUAAAGAGCUGGAGGCCCAAUCGGAAGUCCUUAAGGAGCAGCUCCACCAAAAAACCUUGCAACUGGACACUCUGCAGAAGAGACUGGAGAAGCAUGCCACAUUGGAAGACUCCGUUUCUGAGGAGGAGCACAAGAAAAUGCGAGAGCAGCUGGAAGGCGAGGUGAACCACCUGACGCAACUCCUCCAGGAGGCCCUCAGGAAGCAGGAUGAGAUGGCGCUGGAGGCUGCUGAUGCCUGGCAGAAGGCGCGGGACAAUCGAGCAGAGCGCGAGGCCCUGCAGGAGCAGCUGACGUCAACGGAGAAAGACAACCAGAGCCUGACGUCCAGGUUAGCCGAGUCCCAGGAUGCGGUGUGUCAGCUCAAACAGCUGGUGGAGAACCACGUGGCCUCUGAACGAGAGAAGAACAAGCGGAUAGACGAUCUGUCGCGAGAAGUCGGAAAACUGAAGGAUGCCUUAAACAGCCUAUCGCAGCUCUCCUACAGCUCAGGCUCGCCAUCCAAAAGGCAGCAGCAGAACCAGCAACUGGAGAUCAUGCAGCAGCAAGUCAAACAACUGCAGUACCAACUCGCAGAGGCAAAGAAACAGCACCAUGAAAUCGUGUCAGUCUACAGGAUGCAUCUCCUCUACGCUGUCCAGGGUCAGAUGGACGAGGACGUCCAGAAAGCCUUGAAGCAGAUCUUGAUGAUGUGCAAGAUGCCAAGUCAAACCAAGGAUGCCUGCUGAUGCCAAUAGACACACUGAAGUAAACUGCUGCCAUUAAGUUGCAAGGUUGCAACAUCCUACCACCCACACACCCACCCACCCACCGUGCCUCAAGACGAACCUGGACUCAUGUAGAGGACCCCGGGGAACCUUCAAGGGGAAACCAGCCCAUCAAGAUUACAUUGAGGACAUCAUGCUGUUACAUUGUGUAUAAAAGGGUGCUGGCAUUUUGUCACUGUUUCAUUUCUCAUGUUAGUUGUGACUAAAUUAUUUUUAUUUGUGCCAUGAUAGCAAUGCAUGGGAUCUUGGCCAUAUUUGCAUGUUUUUGUUUUUUUUGUCGCCAUACUAAAAAUGUAUUUUUGUCCAAGUUACUGUAACCUAUUGAGCAACUUAUGUUCCAAUGCUUUUGUCCUCCAUUUUAACGAUGCACUAUGUUGGUCUACUGACACCUUAACUUGUUAUUAUUAUUAUAAUUCACAUUUCCUGACUCACUUAGGAGGUUUGCAUAAUUUGGUAUAUCAUGUUCAGUGUUUGCAGCACUUUUAUGUGUUCCCCUCCUCUUUUGCCUUAGUAGUACUGUGCCAAGAGCCAUAAGUCACACUUAAAAGUGACUGUUUUUUUGUUUUUUUUUUUACUAAAUCUGCCUGAUUCAACCACAUCCAUUUCUCAUGUUUUGCUCAGGAAACAUGUUUUAAGUGAAUUUGAUGCAAAAUCAUUUUCUGAAUAUUUUUUUUUCUCCUGUGCAUGUGGUCUUGCUGGACUUUUCAAAUAGUUAGCAUUUUAAAAAGGAUAUAACUAUUUUUGUUGUUGUUUUCUGUGUUAAUACCAGCAGUUUUGUGAAGAUGUAAAAUUGCAAUUUUACCCUCACUAAUAAAACAUAAAAAAAACGAUUUUGU